UGGCGUACGUUAGCGUCUAGUCUUCUCUCUUCUCUGCGAGACUGUGAAACUCCAUCGAUUUAUCAAGCUAGCAGAAAUUCGGGAGAAAUGCAGAACCAGGAAGACAUUCGUAACCUUCCGAUCGAUAUCGCUUUUGCUCGUCUCGGAGAAUGGUUGGUCGAUCGGAAGAGAAUUCCGGCGGACUAUCGAAAACGGCUUGCAGCUGUGAGAGCAAAAAUUUUGACGGCGUUUGCUUCUCUUCCCAAGGACCUAGAUCCUUACUUUCAUACCCUCGAUGCUGAAGGGAUUGGUUAUUUAGAAGCCAAAUACAUAUAUGAGGCUCUUCUAAAGUCAACCCCAGAAAGCCGCAAUAUCUUUGGUCAGCUUUCAGGUGCUGCUGGUGUUUGGGAAGCAAUUGUACGUGCUUAUGAGAAAGAACGUAUUUUCCUUGGUGAGGCUGCCCAGAUAAUGGUUCAAAAUGUUAAUUAUGAAAUCCCCUACCAUAAGAAACAGACUCAAAAGGUUCAGCAUCAAUUAUCUGAAUUGGAACGCAAGGAAGCCGAUAUAAAAAGAAAUGCAACUCUUUCAGCAGCUAAAUUUAUUGAAGCUUGCCAGGAGCUAGGAUUGCAGGGAGUAAAUGUGAGGUCAGAAUUAUUAGAGACUGCAACAAGUACACUUCCAAGCACUUUCAGCAGAAUUUUGGAAGUACUGAACAGUGAUUCUGUGUCCCAAGCCAUUGAGUUUUAUUCAAACUUUGUUAAAGAUGCUCAUAUGGAAAAGAACAAAACACUUGGUGCUGUGUUACAAAAUUUAAGGAAUGUCCGAGAAAGUCCACCUUCUCUUAAUGUAUCUGCGAGCACUGAGAUACAUCAUUCUGUAACUGCACAAGCCAGUCAUGGUGGGGUAAGCCAUGCCAUCACUGAAGCAGACAUCACAGCUGAUGGCAUUGAUUGGGAUAUCACCUUGGACAGCUCUCAAAUUGAUUGGGACAUUGGUACUGUAGAAGAAACAGAAGAAAAUGGCAAUGGAUUGGGUCCUUAUGAAAUUGUUAAUGCCAGUGAUGCCAUGGAACCACAUCUUGAGAACCAAGGUGAAUCCUCAGUUACUGAGGUCCCUGUAUCAGAAAUAUCUUGGGAUAUUAGUGUCGACAAUCCCCAAGUAGAUGCAGUUGAAGAUGUUGGCUUGCUGAAUACAGUACCACAUGCGAGUACAUUGACUGAAGCCCACACCACUAGCAAUGAAAGGAGUCCAUUUCUGGAGACAGAAUAUAGGAAUAAAAUUCUUGAUGAUUUAUUUGAGGUUAAAGCAUUCCUGAAUCAGCGCUUGAUUGAGUCAACAAAUGAAGAAACUUUAUCUUUGCAACAUCAAGUACAGGCAGUUGCCCCUUUUGUGCUGCAACAAUACACUUCUGAUUCAGUUCAGAUGAUGAUGUCUGAUGUUUCCUCAGCCAUUUCGUUGCUGACAAAUAGGAAAACUCGUGACUUGAUCAUGAUCCUCAACUCCAAAAGAUUUCUUGAACGAAUGACAAAUACAUUGGAGGAAAAGAAGCGACAUGAAAUUAAACUGAAAGAGGGAUUGAAAGACUUGGCUUCUAAACGCAUGGAACUGCAGAAUUCUGUAUCUUCAUCCUGGCCAAAACAAGAAGCAGCUAUUGUGAGAACCAAGAAGUUGAAGGAGCUCUGCGAGAAGACACUUUCAUCUAUGUUCGAUGGGCGGCCUGUCAAUAUUAUCGGAGAGAUUAAUACAUUGCUGACAAGUAGUUCUAGUGUUUAAUUUCCAUAGACCUACUUUUCUGUUGUUCAUAGUUGAGAAGUUAAUGGUAACUGGGAUAAUUUAUACACUAGCGGAUUGUAUAAAAUACAUUGCCAAAAAACUGAAACUUCAACCUGGAUUGUCAUACAUUUUGCACUAAAUUUCAUCUUACCUCUAAUUACACCAA